UCAAAGGUCACCGCAGGCUGAAGAACUGAUUCUGCUGAAAGGGCAGAAAGCAGCCAGACGGCCGCGUGGAGGAAGAAGGACGGAGGAUUCAAAGAAACGUGACAAACAGGAAGGAGGAUUUCACAACUGACUGAAGGAGUCGAACUUUAAGAGAGUGAAGCUGCACGUUGCUGAGCUUAAACCAGCAGAAACGAAUCCUGACUGAUGAAGAACAUAUCUGGAGAACGCUGAGAGAACAUCUGGGCCUGCGGCCGUCCUGCACAAACACUGAAGAAACCUUUGUAUGGCGUUGGUGCAGGAGUUUGGAUCUGGAGUGCUCGCCGUUUCCAGGUGGACAUCUCGACACACCAGGCAGAGUUUCCGUAGGAUUUGUUUGGCUUUGAGGAUAAAGGGGGAAAGGAAACCCAAGGGUUCAUAGAUGGAACUGACGAUGGAAAGGCUUGUGCGUCUGGUUGGAGCUCUGUAUUUGAAGGACUUUCUGGAUGUUGCUCACCCAUUUGGUCAGAGUAAAACCCCAUGGGCGCAUCCUUCCUGAGAUCCUCGGGCAAAAUUAGCAAUACUUGGGGAUGACACAUCACCAAAGAAGUGAACCUUCAUCCUGAACACUUCCAGUGGCUUAGUAACAUCCGCUUUUGGCCACCCCAGAAUCUGAGGAAGUCCAGAUGGUCUUUAUGUACCUUCGCUUGGUAGUACAGCGCUUCAAUUUCUUGGCAAGGUUUAAUGUAUGCAUGGAUGUUGCAAAACUACAUCUUCAUCCUGGAAAGGACCUCUUCAGUCCAUCAGGUCUUCAGUCCAUCAGGUCUUCAGUCCAUCAGGUCUUCAGUCAAUCGGGUCUUCAGUCCAUCGGGUCUUCAGUCCAUCAGGUCUUCAGUCAAUCGGGUCUUCAGUCCAUCAGGUCUUCGAGUUUUCAGUCCAUCAGAUGAAAAUGGCCGCCAGCUCACCGAGAGACAAGUAUUUUGCCGUCUGGCUGAUCUUCUUCAUGCUCGGUUUGGGGACGCUGCUGCCCUGGAACUUCUUCAUGACUGCUACCAUGUACUUCACCAGCCGUCUGAAGGACUCCUCAAUGAGCCAUUCUUCAGCCAAUCAGACGGAGGCAGCAGGUGAGCAUCGGAGCGUUCUGGAGGCCAAAUUCAACAACGUGAUGACGCUGUGCGCCAUGCUGCCGCUGCUCCUGUGCACUUGCCUCAACUCCUUCCUGCACUCACUUGUUUCUCAGCGCCUCCGUGUGAUGGGCAGUCUGCUCGUCAUUAUGUCCGUCUUCAUGGUCACCGCCGUCCUCGUCAAAGUUCCUCUGGAGCCGCUGCCAUUCUUCUCCGUUACCAUGGUGAAGAUCGUCAUCAUCAACUCCUUUGGGGCGGUGCUGCAGGGGAGUUUGUUUGGGAUGGCUGGGCUGCUGCCGGCUUUGUAUACGACUCCCAUAAUGAGCGGUCAGGGACUCGCUGGAACAUUUGCCGCCUUCGCCAUGAUCUGCGCCAUCGCAAGUGGUUCAGACCUUCAGGAUGCAGCAUUCGGUUACUUCAUUACAGCCUGUGUUGUUAUUUUUCUGUCCGUCCUCUCCUACGUCCUGCUGCCUAAACUGGAGUUUUUCCAGUUUUAUCAGGAGAGAAACAGGAAACAGAGAUCAGACAAGGAGAACUCAGUAAAUCUGAUGAACACAGAGAGUAAAGGUGAAGCAGCUGAUCAGAACCAACAUCAGAACAUCUCCGUGAUGACCAUCUUUAAGAAGAUCUGGCGGCUGGCUCUGUUGGUCUGUUUCACCUUUACAGUCACCAUCGGCACGUUUCCCGCCAUCACCGCCGACACCAUAUCCACCCUCGCUGAUGGAGGCUCCUGGGACCAGUAUUUCAUCCCAGUCAGCUGUUUCCUUCUCUUUAACCUGUGUGACUGGUGUGGGCGGAGCUUAACGGCCGUCUGUAUGUGGCCUGCAAAGGACGGCCUCUUACUUCCUGUGUUCAUCGUUUGCCGCCUCGCCUUCGUCCCUCUCUUCAUGUUGUGUAACGUUCAGCCUCGUCUUCACCUGCCUGUCUUCUUUCUUCACGAUGGCUGGUUCAUCGUCUUCAUGAUUCUCUUCGCCUUCAGUAACGGAUACCUGGCCAGCCUGUGCAUGUGCUUUGGACCAAAGAACGUUCUUCCUCAUGAAGCGGAAACAGCUGGAACCAUCAUGGCGUUCUUUCUGUCUCUGGGUUUGGCUUUAGGAGCUGCUCUGUCCUUCCUCUUCAGAGCACUGGUCUAACUGGGAAACUACAUGUGGAUGACUGGUUAAACUGGAUCACUAGCUGUCUGCCACUGGAUUAACAACACUGUAGUUGUCACUGGUCUGACCGUAAACAGUGAAGCCUGUUAAAGACAUGAGGCCUGACAGGACAAUGACUGGCUGCAUACAUAUUGUUAUUAAUGUAUAGUCAUAGAAACAGAGUGUUUAAUGUUGUUUUCUUCAUGUCUGACAGGGACAUUUCCAUAAAUAUUAAAUAUAUUUAAAGUCACUGAAUAAACCAGACAAGCAUUUAAACUGUAAUUCAGUUUUUUCCACGAUGACUUCAGAGAGAAGAAACCUGUUAAAUAUCAGCUUUAUAACUGUUUUAUUGAAAUAUAACAAUGAGCCUUUUGGAAUCAAUUAUUUAUAACAUGUACUUUUUACCCUUCUAUAGUCAUUCUGGCGAGUUCUAAUAAAAUACGACAUAAUGCAGUAA